UCUGACCCAGGGAUUGAAGCUAUGUCUCUUAUCUCUCCUGCAUUGGCAGACACAUUCUUUACCACUAGCCCCUGCCGUUGGUGUCAUCCUGUAGAUUUUCCCUAGUCUUCUUCCUGUGAAGUGGAGUUUGUUGUAAUUGCCAGGUUAUGGUUAAUGUAACUAUCUUUUUGAGCCAGUUCUAUUAAGAUUUGGGUCUUCAGUUACCAAAAUGGAUUUUCAUCUUCUUAAAUAUGAACUAGAAAGAGAGGAAUCUGAGGCUUCUAUGGCUUUGCAGAGCUUAGGCAUGCAAAGAAGCCCUCGUGUUAAGACAGGUAGUAUGGUCUGGAAUCAUAGACCUCAAAGGUGGAAGAGAUGCUGUGGUCCAGCCUCCACAGAACCAAGGAAAUAAGGCAUUAUUAGCUCCGUUUCAAAAAUGAGAUGACUGAGGCUCAGAGCUUCAAUGAAAUGCCCAGAAUCCUGCACCUGGUGUCAGAGCCUAAUUCAAUUACUCCAGGGAGCAGGAGGAAUGGAAUAACUUUUCUUCUUACAGAUCAGGAGUCUGUAUACACUGUUUUUAAAGAACUUCAUGUCUGUCUAUUGAGGCUUUUGGUUAGUCUCAGAGAGAAUGACACAAGCUAUUCUUUCAUAGGGACAGUUUUCAAAAUUAACAGGAAAGACAUCACUUCCCUUACCUCUGUCUGUGUGGUCAGGACAUUGACAGGUAAAUUACCUUAAGUACAUAUUCUAAAUAGACAUGGCGAGGUGGAGCUGGUUCCUAUUAACAUUCCUGUGCAACAAUAUCCAAAGACUCACUUUGAGCUCAGCUCUCUAUGCUCUGUUCCAAAGAUGCUGAUUUCAACCCAUGUCUUCCUCCAGUCAAGCUGGAGGACAGCUUCUGAGUAUCUGCUUAUUCACACAGUGGGCUCCGCAUGUGCCAUGUUCAUGCCCUCUUCCAACACAGAUCAGCUUCCAGCCCGUCUGCUCCCGGCCAGUGAUGUAAAUGUACCAGCUGCUUCCUGAGAACCAGUCGGCAGGAGGGGGCAGGUCCCUUUCCCAGGCAUCAGCCUGCCUGCUCUCAGCCUAACCCUCUCGCCAGCCUUGGUGGGGCCCUUCGUUCUCACAUCUCCCCAUCUGAGAAUCAGAGCACCUCACCGUCCUUGUAUGAGCCUGUGAUUUAUCAACGCAGCUCCAGCUAAGGGCUCUGAGUCUGAUUCUCUACGAUCUGCUGAUUGUGGGAACAUGGCAAAGGUUGUUUAAAGGGGUGGGCUGGGCUGGGCCCCUGCCACUGACAGACAGAGAGAAGGUGGCUGGUGGGGGUAGAAAAAGCUGCACCCUGAUCGGAAAAUGAAGGCGCUUCUGUUGCUGAUCCUGCCUUGGCUCAGCCCUGCCAACUACGUUGACAAUGUGGGCAAUCUGCACUUCCUAUACUCAGAACUCUGCAAAGGUGCCUCCCACUACGGCCUCACUAAAGACAGGAAGAGGCGCUCUCAGGAUGGCUGUCCAGAUGGCAGCACCAGCCUCACAGCAACAUCACUGUCCCCAGAGAUUUCCACAGUUCCCACCGUCUCCUUAAUGACAGAUGAGCCUGGCCUAGACAACCCUGCCUACGUGUCCACAGCAGAGGAUGGUCAGCCAAAUAGCCCCCUGGACUCUGGCCGGAGCAACCGAACAAGGGCACGGCCCUUUGAGCGAUCCACCAUCAGAAGCAGAUCCUUUAAAAAAAUAAACCAAGCCUUAAGUGUUCUUCGAAGGACAAAGAGUGGAAGUACCGUUGUCAGCCAAGCUGACCAGGGACGAGAGGAUUCUGAAAACACCACUGUCCUUGAUGUCUUUCCAAGGUUGUAUCACCUGAUUCCAGAUGGUGAAAUUACCAGCAUCAAGAUCAAUCGAACGGAUCCCAAUGAAAACCUCUCCAUUAGGCUUGUGGGAGGCAUUGAAACCCCUCUGGUCCAUAUCAUUGUCCAGCACAUUUAUCGUGAUGGGGUGAUAGCCAGAGAUGGCCGGCUCCUGCCAGGAGACAUCAUCCUAAAGGUCAACGGGAUGGACAUCAGCAAUGUCCGGCACAACUACGCCCUGCGCCUCCUGCGGCAGCCAUGCCAGGUGCUGCGGUUGACCGUGCUCCGGGAGCGGAAGUUCCGGAGCAGGACAGAGGGACAGACCCUGGAUACCUACGGGCCCCGGGAUGACAGUUUCCACGUGAUCCUCAACAAAAGCAGCCCGGAGGAACAGCUUGGAAUAAAACUGGUGCGCAAGGUGGAUGAACCUGGGGUGUUUAUUUUCAACGUGCUGGAUGGUGGCGUGGCAGACAGACACGGCCAGCUGGAGGAGAAUGACCGUGUGUUAGCCAUCAACGGGCAUGACCUUCGGUACGGCAGCCCAGAAAGCGCAGCUCAUCUGAUUCAGGCCAGUGAAAGGCGUGUUCACCUCGUCGUGUCCCGCCAGGUUCGGCGGCACAGUCCUGACAUCUUUCAGGAAGCCAGCUGGAACAGCAACGGCAGCCAGUCCCCGGGGCCAGGGGACAGGAGCAACACUCCCAAGCCCCUCCAUCCUGUGGUCACUUGUCAUGAGAAAGUGGUAAGUGUCCGAAAAGACCCUGGUGAAUCACUCGGCAUGACCGUUGCAGGGGGCGCAUCACACACAGAGUGGGAUUUGCCCAUCUAUGUCAUCAGUGUUGAGCCCGGAGGAGUCAUAAGCAGAGAUGGAAGAAUAAAAACAGGUGACAUUUUGUUGAACGUGAAUGGGAUUGAACUGACGGAGGUCAGCCGGAGUGAGGCAGUUGGUUUACUGAAAAGCACGUCCUCCUCGGUGGUACUGAAAGCUUUGGAAGUCAAAGAGUAUGAGCCCCAGGAAGAUGACAGCAGCCUGGCAGCCCUGGACUCUGACCACGACACAGCCCCACCCAGCGACUGGUUCCCCUCUUGGGUCAUGUGGCUGGAAUUACCGCGGUACCUGUAUAACUGUAAAGAUGUUAUAUUACGAAGAAAUACAGCUGGAAGUCUAGGCUUCUGCAUCGUAGGAGGUUAUGAAGAAUACAAUGGAAACAAACCUUUUUUUAUCAAAUCCAUUGUUGAAGGAACACCAGCAUACAAUGAUGGGAGAAUCAGAUGUGGUGAUAUUCUUCUGGCUGUCAAUGGUAGAAGUACAACAGGAAUGAUCCAUGCUUGCUUGGCAAGGAUGCUAAAAGAACUUAAAGGAAAAAUAACUCUCACCAUUGCUUCUUGGCCUGGCACUUUUUUAUAGAAUGAAUGAUGGGUUAUAGAAAAAUAGGAAAUCACAAGUAAGCUAAGUUGAAACAAUGUAUUUAUCUUGUCAAUUUUUUUUUUUAUUUGAAGGCUACACUGUAAAAAUAUUAAACUUUAACAUCAGGAAAAGUAGGAUCUAAUGAAAACCAAUUACACCUCAGAAAAUGUAAUUCUCAAAAUAUAAACAUUACUAAUUUUUAUGCAGUGUGGAACAUUUCUCAUUACUCCACAGCUAAAAUUUUCUAUUCACUAUAAAGCUCUUCAACAGCUGACAUGGUUUGUAUGCUCCCACUGAAUUUAAAUCAUACAGUUUAAUUAAAAUUUGGUAUGUGCUGAGGUCUGUAAAGCAUUCAUUAUGGGCAUUUUAAAAACAAUUUCCAGACACAGGAUUAUAAAAGUGCACUGCUGAAAAGUGUUCAUCAAAUGAGAAAUAAAUAUUUUUCAAAAAUUA